AUGGCUGAUUUUAGAAAAUCUGCAAAGAUUACCCAUUCAUUGAAUGUACUUACAUCAUUCAAUGAACUAAAACAAUCCGACUGCAUUUGUAACUUCACAAUCAAAGUUGGUGACAAAUCUUUCAAAGUCCAUCGAGACCUACUUGGCGCAGCAUCAAAGUACUUCAAAGGCAUGUUUUCAAGUAACAUGGUUGAGGUUCGGAAUGGUUUUGUCAUUAUGAAAGACAUCUGUGCUGAUGCUGUAGGGCAGUGUGUAGAUUUCAUGUAUACUGGUGAAGCAAAUCCAUCCAUGGAAUCUGUUGAAAAUACUUUGUAUGCUUCCCACUUAAUGCAGCUUGAUGUAUUAUCAAGCAUAUGCUUUAAUUUCAUGGAAAAUAAUCUGUCGGUGCAGCAUUGCCUCCUAGUGAUCAGGUUGGCAAGGCUUCAUGAUCGCACAGAGCUAGAAACCAUUGCUGAGCGAUUCAUUCUGGAUAAUUUUGAGUCUUUGAUUUUGGCUGAAGAUUUUUUACAUCUGAGCAAAGAAGAACUCGUAUUUUAUCUGCAAAAGUUGGAUAAAAAGCAUGAAGUAGUUUGGCAUGCUGUGAGAAAAUGGAUUUCAAACAAAGGUGAAAAAAUUGGAUCAGAAUUAAUGGAGACUUUGCAUUUUGGAGAGUUUCCUUAUAAAUUUUUGCUCACUGAUCUUCUAAAGGAUUCGUUGGUAGAAAGUUCUCCAGAUGCAAAAAGUUUCGUCAUCAAAAAAUUGCUUUCAAAUAUUGAUGGAUUGAAAGAGAAUUUGUCUCUCGACACUUUAUUCAUUUUGAGAAAGAUUAAUCAGAUCGAAAACAAAGUUUGCUCAGAGAAUGUCAGAAAUAUAUUCAAUGAAUUCAUGACUCAUAAUUUUGAACAGGUUGUACCGAUGGAUGAAUUUAUAGAGUUGGAAAAAGAUGAAAUUUUUUUCUUGUUCAAAUCUCCGGAAACAAAAUGUUCUUCAGAGAAAAUUAAAUGGGAAGCUGCACUGAAAUGGGCCAAACAAAGUCGACGUCAUCAGAAUUUAUUUCCAGACUUGUUCGAGUGUAUAAAACUUGAGGAUUUUUCUGAUGAUUUUGUUCAACAGACAGUCAGAAAUGAACCUUUGGUUAAAGAGUCGCAUAAGUGCAAAGAUUUAUUGCUUGAUGUUGUCUAUGCCAGAGCCCCUGUAUCUAAACUUGUCCCACAUAUUGCUGUCUCAACGAAGACUGGUAUAAAGGCUCUAAAUCUCCAAACAAAUCAAUGGUCUAGUUUGCAGUCAGAUUAUGAUGUUGGCAUUUAUCUUGUCAAUGCUGAGGGACGAUUGUAUGCUUCAGAUGGGAAUGAAUUGUCUUUGCUACAAGAUGGUCGAUGGAUUAAGAAGUACAAGAUUGAAAGGGAGAGCGAUGUGUGGGAUAAGAUGGUUUAUCUCAAGGGUGGGAUUUAUAUUAUCAGCUUUGAUCAGAAUACAAUACGAUAUGACAUUGCCAAAGACAGAUGGCAUAAGAAUUUGCCUUUAUGUGGUCUUAAUUUUGGUUUUUGUGCUGCUGCCUCUCAUGAGUUUAUAUAUGCAAUGGGAGGUAUGUCAACACGAAGAGAAGCAAAAGUAUACGAUCCUGGAACAAAGAAAUGGUCUUCCCUGCCAGAGAUGAUUUAUGGAACAGCUGGUGGUGCAGCAGUCGUUUUUCAAAGUAUGGUUUAUGUACUGGGUGGUUUGAAUUUCUAUAGCCCCCACAACCUUGUUCAAUGUUAUAACCCUGUUGUUCGCUCAUGGACAGAAAUUACAAAAAUGAAGAUGAAUAGAAGUUGGUUCAGUGCAUGUGUUGUUGAUAAUAAAAUGUAUGCAGUCGGUGGGGCUGAAGGUGAAGGCCUGACUAAGGAUUCAAUUGAAACAUUCAAUGAAGAAACUGGUGCAUGGGAAAUAGUCUGUGAAAUGGAUUGGCCUGGUCUGGACUGGGUUUAUUGCUGUAGCUAUGCUCGAUAGAUGAGUAAUCAGUGAUAAAAGUUGAUGACAAAAUAUGCUUGUAUAUAUACAACUUGUAUAUACUGAUUGUAUUAACUCUCCUGUUGAGUCAUAUCCAUAAAAAUUUACAUUUUUGAUUCCAGUAUCAAUAAAACGUGACUCUAUCUCCACAGCCCUGACCAAAGAUUGAAAUGCCUAUCUAUG